GUAGCCCUACCCAACCCCUGUGAUAACAACGAAUGUGUUGCACCGAAUCGGAGCUGCGUGUCAGCACUCGUGACGUAGAACUGACCUUCAUUCAUAUUUACACUCUUAUUGCGGAAUACCUGUAGGAUUCCCCAUGCAGUACUAAGGACAAACCUAAUACAUUCUAUGUGCCAACAAAAUAUACAUGUAGUCUAAACAUAAUUUUUGAAAUCGUGAAAAUCAAAUUGUCUGUUUUUUCUUCUGAGUAUCACAUACAUUGUAUACGGUUACGUGUUACCAGUGUUUCAAAUAUCUAAUAUUAUAUACUACUACAGUCUAUGUAUUAUUUUCUACAACCAACAUUUGGCAACUGUACAUAACUCUGACCACAAAACAAAAUAUGGGAAGUUUAAUACGCAUUUAUAAAGUUCAACAUAAUAAGAAGUUCAUGCAUCAGCAAAAAUUGAUCCACCAUAGCAAUUUGCUACUGGAAUACAUAUCAUCUUCCCCGUUCAAACUGUUUAACGGUUAUUUACUUUGUUUGGCCUUAAAGUUUUUCUUCUAAAGCUUUCCGAAGUUCACAACGGUUUUUCGUAAAAGGCACCAUGUCUUUGUCGACAACUUUCACUCAGAAAAACCAUACAAGUUCUCGUUAGCAGCCUUAACUAUUGAAACACAGGUAUUGCAUGCUGUAUUCGGCGUGUUUGUUGCGAGUCGUAUUCACAAGCUAAACAGUGUCCAGGUUGAAUCCGAAGCUUAUUUCAAACUCGGCACAUAAUAAUAAAGAGAGAUUUGACAUGAAACAUUCAUAAAAACUAGAAGCGUGUUUCAAUUAAAGUUUCAAUUAGAAAAAACUCUAGAUGAAAAACGUAAUAUGAAAAAAAAAUGUAUUCGUAAGGGAUUCAAACCCGGUCGUUUUAAAAGGAAUACAUAUAAAAGUCGACAACUUUAACCACUGAACCAUGCAGCAGACUAUACUUUGCUAAGGAAACUUAACGUACAUGUGAAGUUUUUUUUUUUUUUUUUUUUUUUUUUUUUUUUACAUGUGAAGUUGAAAACAGUAUCAGUGAAGUCGUUUCAAUUUUUUUAACUUUACUAAAACAUGCUUUCGUGAAACGGAUGUCCCGUGUCGCAGUAGGUGUGGCACGCUAAAGAACCCUCACUGCUUAAUGGCCGUGAGCGCCGAGCAAAGGCCUAAAUUUGAAGCCCUUCACCGGUCUUGGUGACGUCUCCAUAUGAGUGAAAAAUUCUCGAGAGAUAUGGGGGCUCACGGCGGGUGUGACCGGUCGAAAGGGGAUGUUUACUCCUCCUAGCCACCUGAACCCACCUCUGGUAUAUCCAGGGGUCCGUAUCUGUCCAACUCUCCAUUUUGUAUUGCUUAUAGGAGUUAUGAGAUUGAUCGCUGGUCGUUAUCUUCACCUUUACUUUACGUUAAACAAGAUACAAUCAAUCAAUCUAUUCUUGAGAAGAUGUUAAAGAUUGUUUCAACAUAUUCCCAUGUAAAACUUUAAUUCCUAAUUGUAGCCCCCCACUCCUACCUCUGGAGGCCAUGAUUUCGACGAUCUCAAAUUUUCAUUAUACAGUUUCAGGAAGCUUCCAUGUAAGUUUCUGGCCUUGUGGUUCUUGAGAGGAACUUAAAUUGACCCCGUCGUAAUGUUUGCCUUUUUUAUUAUCUCCCCUUGAAAGGGGAGAUGGUCCUUCAAUUACUCAAGGAUAGGAUGUGCCAAGUUUGGUUGAAAUUGGCUGAAUGGUUUGGGGGAAGAAGAUGCAAUUGUAAAAAAGAAACCUUAAAAUUGCAGUACUAAACAUAUAAGAAAGUAUUGUGAUAAUCUAUGCAUUAAAACGAGCAUUUGGAUGAAAGGGCGAAUUCUAUUAACAUUUUCAUUCAAAUGUCGAUACGAUAUAUCCCAAUGAACUGGAAACAAAAGACACCACAGAAUAGAGUCUACCAAUUCCACGUAGAUGUUUAAUGGUAAACUAACAACUCAACUUUACGAUAACCGGGGUGAUUUCAGUUUCUCCAUCGUCAACUUCCCUUAUUCAUGUUGCAAUAUUCCAUUAUCACCUGCAUAUGGUGCUUUUGUUUCUCAACUGAUUUGAUACGCAAUAACAUUUUCUGUGCAUAAUCAGUUUUUAUAUCGAAGUUAAUACUACAAAUGUCCUUUAAAGUCAGCAUUUCGCAAAUCAUAGGUUUGUUGCAUUGUAUAACGAUCUACAUGUAAUUUACAAAUAAGUGGAAUGCUGUCUGAAGUGUUUCAUACCAAUAGUUAACCGUUCUUGACUACGUAUUACUCCGUUUGUCUGCUCCAGAUAUAGGGCUCAUGGUGUGACUAGUCAAGAGGGGGUGCUUACUCCUUCUAGGCACAUCAUCCCACCUCUGAUUUGUCCAGAGGUACUUACAUGUUUUCCCUACUCUUAAUUUUGUAUUCUUUAGAGGAAUUAUGAAUUUGAUUACUGUUCAUUGUUUUCGUUUAUUUUGUCACUGAAAUAUCACUAAACUUGUAUUAAGCUAGGGAAAUACCUAGAGUAACCAGAAUGACGGAAGCAUAAGAUGUAGGGCAAGUGCAACACCGGCUAUGAGUAGGAAGCACUAUAUGAGUAAAUACUAUCAUCUGAGAAAGACUAAAACGCUACCCAUAACCAUAUUCACUGUAGCACAAUAUGCAGAGCCACUUAUUAAAAGUUCAGGCAAAUCACAAAUGAUAUCAAAAACGACAACAGGCAGGACGCAGGGACUUGCUUAUAAACUAGUAUACACCUACAAAUCUUGGGAUUCCAGUGGCAUAAAUACGCAUUCGGAAUGUAGACCUCUAAACUCAACGGGAAGUAAAAUUGGCAGUGUUCCACAAUUUCAAACAUUGACUUUUCUCAGAAAAUCCAUCUGAAUGGGGGUACACAAGAGGAUAGAAAGACCCCGUUGUAACAUUUUCAGCGGCAGAUUACAGGACGUUGUCAAUAACAAGAAUGGAGCCUCAAGGUGUCUAUAUAGCGUGUUACAAUAUCGAUGGUCAAUCAGUUCCUUCUUCCCUGAUAAAUCACAACACUUAAAGAAAACAAUGUCUUUUAAAAAUAAAAUACAUCACACCGGAAGAAUUUCACAACUACGCAAGAAAGGGAGUAUGUGUAGAUGAAAAUCCAGAAGGAUUGAUGAAUGAUGAACUUCACAGACACUAGUCCAAUUCUCAACUCCAGCUUCAAAACAUUGGAAGAGCUUAACGAUGAGAAAGGCCGUCACAGACUCCCCACCGUCGUCUUCCUCAGCAUUCUGAUACCUUUGGGAAUUACUGGAAACUCUAUCGUUUUGGCUGUGUACAGUCAAAAGUACCGUUCCUCAACCUUUCGGACGUAUAUCUUGACCCUGGCUGUUCUGGAUCUUCUAUCUUGCCUUAUCGGGAUGCCUUUCGAAGUGGUGGAUAACGUGUAUCCCCUCAUGUUUUACAGUGAGGAAUUUUGCAAAGUAGGGAAGUUUUUUGGUCAAAUUCUCAAAAUAGGAUCCGCGUUUGUCAUCUUUUUAAUGGCAGUCUGUCGAUUCAAAAAGAUUUGCCGCCCAUUCUCUAAAUCCAUUUCUAUCAAAAUGGCUCGUAAUCUAUGUAUAUUGUCAAUAUUUGUAGCCAUUUUGUUUUCCUGGCCGUUUGCAAUAAUACGAGGUAAACAACAUCGGAAGUUUGUUGGCGGUGUAAUCGGAUAUGCGUGUUCGGUGGAUGACGAAUUGAAAGACACCAGCUACCCUUUCAUCUACGCAAUCGUAAUUUUUGCCAUCAAUGUGUUUGUUUUCAUUGGUCUGAUUAUCCUAUACACCCUCAUCAUCCUGAAAGUUCACCAUCACAAUCACAAAGAAGUAACCGAUGAACAACACAAGAUCGACCCGCGAAUCACGAGGAUUAUGAUUGCCAUAACUAUCGCUUUUCUGGUUUCUUACCUACCAGAUAAUAUUCUGGAUGCAAAUUCAACAUUUAACAAAGAAAACAUGCUGCCACCCACACCCGCUGUGCUGGGUUCACUGCCUCUUUUGGCCAGAACAUACUUCAUCAAUAACGUUAUCAACCCCAUAAUAUACUUCAUAGGAGACUCAAAGUUUCGGAAAAUUGUUAAACAUGCCUGCCUGGUAAUGCUUUAUGCAUUGUUUCGUCGGCAUUCAAAGACAGAUGGGUCGGUAUUCACGUUUUCGGACACCUUUAAAACUGAGGACCCAAUACCAAACACGAAAAGUGACAAUUUUCCGAACAGCGAAAAUCAACUUUAAGUCAAUGACAGAUUCGGAAACGGAAAAGUCAGCCAUGUACAUAUGAAGAAGACAUUGAAAUCAGACAGCCAAUAAGAGGACAUACAUGUAUGCGGUUAAUGUGAGAUUUAUUUUUCUGUGGAUGUGAUUUUAAAGGCUUGUAUCAGAAAUAAGUAGAAAUAAUUUUGUUUUUACAAUUUCUAUCAUGCGUACAUGUAUAUUGUAUAGGAUACCCACUUGUAUAUGGAUAACAAACAUAUGUCAUUGAUUUUGGGGUAAUUUUGUUGUUGUUAUUCACAGAACUUAGAAGUAACGAUUAUUUUACUAAUUCCCAUAGUAGGCUAUACAAACAACAUCAAAUAACUCGAACAACCGGCAUAUUACCGAUAUUCCUGCAAGUAUCAUUAAGUGUCUGUACUAACAUUUAUUUUUAAACAAAACUAGUUUAGCUGAAUCCUUCAGUCUGGCAUCAAACUUUAACUGCAACCCAAGGAAUUAAAUCCAGUUGAUUUAAUCAAUCCAAAUAGCGUCAAAGUAAACACCUCGUCUUUUCUGCCUCUCCUAUCGUCAUAAACUGUGAAUUCCAUGGAUAGAUUCUUUAUGAUCCUGUUUUGCCUUUUCUCUGUAAUACUUCAUGAAAAAUGCAUACCUAAGUGGAGAUUUUUAAACUGAUAUUCUAAAACAUGACCACUUUCGGAAGAGUCGGUGCUUCAGGAGUGCUAAAUUACCGUGAAGUAUAUAACACCUACUGUAACAUGGCGUUUGAUCCUGGUCUCGAUAGACGCGCAUUAUCGAAUUCAUCAUUCCUUUUAUGUUCAAAGUCAAUGUUGUAAAUAUGGAACUCACUGUCAACUAUAAACAAUUUACUAUUUGAACAAGAUAUUGAAUAUGUUAUAAAAUCACUAGUGCACACAUUCGAGAAGUACAUAACCUUAUAAAUAACGUGUGCAUACCAAAAUUAGAACGUCUUUCAAACUCCAUCUAAUUGAAUUGUCCUCCAUGUGAACUUAACAAUCAACUGUAACCAUUGACGGCAAACUAACAACUCAACUUCAGGACAAUCGGAUUGACUUCAGCUUCUCCAUCACAACUUCCCAUACUUCUGUAUCAAUAUUCCAUUACCACCUGCAUAUAGUGUUUACAUCUCUUAAUUGAUUCGAUACGAGAGAGCAUGCUCUACGUAUGGUCAAUUUCUAAGUCGAGGCAGACUACUGAAAAAAAUGUUCGAUGUUACAGGGGGUUUCAACAGUCUCAUUUGAAGUCAGCAUUAUGCAAAUUGUAUGCUCUUUAUAAUGACCUACUUCGUAAAUACAACCUCUCAUGAAAUCGAAUACUGUCUUGACUGGUUUAACACCAAUUGUCAGGCCAUUCUUUACACACUGAUUUUGAGCACGGGUUACCAUGUUUGUUAAUUCAAGAUAUAGGGCUGUUGGUGGGUUUAACAUGUCAAUAGGGGAUGCUUAGUCUGCCGCGUUUGACUGUUUUGGUUGUUCUUUUUUAACGUCAUCAACAUGUAAAAAUCGUCUUUUACCAUAAUUACAAGGAUUUCAAUAGUCUCGUUAAAAGUCAGCAUUUCCCAAACUCUAUGGUCGUUAAAACAAUCUAAUUUGCAAAUAUGAUCUGUCAUUGGGUCAAAUGAUGUCUGACGUGUUUCAUACAAAUUGUUAGGCCACUGAUUCUGAUUACGGAUUACUCUGUUUACCUGAUCAAGAUAUAGGACUCAUGGCGGGCGUGACCUGUCAAAAGGGGAUGAUUACUCCUCCUAGACACCUGAUCCCACCUCUUGUAUAUUUAGGGGUCCGUGUUUGCCCAACUCCAGUGCUCCAAGUCACAUCUGCUAUCAGGUCGCGAAAUAGCGACCUAGAAAUAUUUCUGGUCGCCAUUUUCAAAUUUCUAGUCGCCAUGUUCAAAAUUUCUACUCGCCAUGGUAAAAGAUUUUGUAAAUAAGACCUACAAGUUUGUAGUUCUUUUUUAAUUUGAAUAUCUUUCAAGUAAAAAAUCUUCACCCAUGAAUGCGUUUUGUUUUAUUUUAUUUUUUUAAAACUGAAUAGAAAUGUGCUGUGAAACAUGCUGAUGCUAACAAGUCAAGUAUUUACUCUGGCAAAAGUUGUAUUGCAUAUUGCAUUGAGCCAUCCUGUAUAUUUUACAAUACGUUUCUGGGGAAGAAAACCCAGCGUUCCACACAGGGAUUUGCUUUAAACAUGUUAAAGUCCUUAAUAAGAGGGCCUUCACUGCUUAUGUGAAUAAAAGCUUCUACUUCUGUUGGAUCUUUUGCUGAACAAUCAGUACCAGCAUCAAUAAGAACACUACAUCCCGAGUUUGUAAUUGUCUGUGAAAAUUAUCAGCAACAGUUGCUCCGCUCGACUUAUUGCUGAUAAUACAGUCACGGACAAAGACAUGUUUCUUACUGUUAUCGUGAAUAGUCACACUUCCACAUUUGAAAGAUGUACCCCAGGUCGUGGUGAAAUCGGACAAUGGGUGUCCAUAAAUGGUGGAAGUUGCUGGCUGAUUGGCCUCACAAAUUCUGCAAAACAUUUUGCAAUCUCUGAAUAUCAACCACGAAAAUUCCUUCAGCCAUUAGGACUGGGGUUCUUCCUUUACUUUUGCAUUUUUCUUUCGACACAGCUACGUCAUCUUUAAAUGCAGAACUUUCUCCGUGUGAUUUUUUAAUUUCUUCGUUACAUGUACUAGGCGAGGCUUCUACUUUUUACUACUGAUAAAUCCAAAGUGCUUUAACCCUCGUUUCCCCGUCAUCUUGAUUGCUUUCAAACGCUGUUUUGACCGAGACUGAAAAAUAUUUAUUCAGACUUCCGAUCCCAAUUACAAAAUUUUACUGGAUGCCAAAUUUUUUUUCCACUCGCAAAAAUGCGACUUAAUAUAAUCUUUAGUCGCAAAAUCGAUUUUCUUGUCGCAAAUACGACCGUUUUACUCGUAACUUGGAGCACUGAACUCUCUAUUUUGUAUUCCUUAUAGGAGAUGGAUCACUGUUCGCUAUCUUCGCAUUUUCACUAGUUUUUACAUACUCUGCUUGUCGUGUAAUAGAAAUAUUCAUUUAUAAUAUUAUGAAGAGUUAGUUGACUUCCUGAUUAGUCGUGUCAUGAAUUCACAAAUAUGAAACAAAGUGUUAGUAUCCGACUUAUACAAAGGAACAAAAAAAAAAAAAAAAACCCCGAAAAUUUAAAACGGAGUGAAACAUGACUCACAGGGAAAAUAUAAAAGUAAUAUAUAUUCGAAUUUUCAAUACUUGUUGUACUGAUAAUGAACAAUAUUAUCAGUACUUAUCCAAAGUCCGAAAGAUAAAUUCCUAGAAGCUGAAGCUAAGAGCAAUCAUUACAUAGUACUCAUAUCUGAAAUAAAAAAAUAUGCGCAUAAACUUCCGCAUCUUUCAAAUUCAAUAUUGCUGCGGUUUUUGGUGUUUUUUUUUUUGUUUUUUUUUGUUUUGUUUUUUUUACACUUUCCCCUUACAACUACGUAUUAUGUGCUUCCCUGCCUUCUUGCCAGAUAAACUUCAAUCGUCAUUCGAGAAUAUAUCGCUUAUAAUGAUUCCUUUAUGAAACAAAUGAGUUUUAUAUAACAUUCGUGAUGUUAUAGAAGAUUUAAAUUCAAUCCUAGAUAUUUUCAAGUUUCUUGUAUGAAUUCGAUUUCAUGAAGAUUUUUAGACCCAUUCUAUAUAGAUCAUUACUAUCUGUCAUAACCAUUUCAUGUUCUUUUUUCGCUCGAUUGAUUGAUUAAAUAUUGUUUAACGUCCCUCUCGAGAAUAUUUCACUCAUAUGGAGACGUCACCACUGCCGGUGAAGGGCUGCAAUAUUUGGGCCUAUGCUCGGCGAUUAUGGCCAUUGAGCAGGGAGGGAUCUUUAUCGUGCCGCACCUGCUGCGACACGGGACCUCGGUUUUCGCGGUCUCAUCCGAAGGACCGCCCCAUUUAGUCGCCUCUUACGACAAGCAAGGGAGUACUGAGGACCUAUUCUAACCCGGAUCCCCACGGGAAAGAGUAAAAUGAAAGCGAAAAUAAUUCGUACACAACAUAUAAAGAUUACCGUUCCACCCUUUCAAAUAAUACAUUGUAUGGAAGUACAAUGGAGUUAAAGUCAAAAGUAAUUGGUUGGUGGUUUUUUUAAAUACCAUAUCAAUUUUUGUUAGAUCAUAUAACAUUUGCAUUGGAAAUCCCUAAUAAGAGGCAAAAAGUGGUCCGAUCUUUUGGAUACGUGUGCAGCUCACAGAAACACAAAUUCGUGGUGGGAAUCCCUUCAUCAUAAAAAGAACAAAAAUUAAGUUCAACGAAAACGCACGACUCUACAAUAGCUCGUAAUAAUGCUCAUUGAUCUGGUACACUCCGCUGAUACAAAAACAUACAUCACAAUACAUAUAUUAUUCCCUUAUUCAAAGAAGACUGGGUAAGUGAUAAUUAAGAAUACCCAUUGUGUUGAAUUUGUAAUCUCUUGUAUUCAAGUCACAAAACAUAGAAGAUAAAACUCCAAAACAGUCAUGUUUGUUACGAGCAAUUUUCAUUUUCAGAAUGACGGUCUUUGUCGCAUAUUACUUGCACAAAAUCGUAUUGACGGGAAGGUCCUCUCAUUAACUUGAUAAGAAUAAAACUACCGGAAAUCAGUAGAAAAGUGGAAAAAUCACCCUUUGUUUGAUAACUUUGUAGAAUUAGUAUAAUGCAGUGGCACAGUUUCACAAGGACUAGAUAGUGCGUUAUAUUUGAACAGUUGAGGCGAUUUUCACAGGAGAUUCAUUUAUCUAAAAAGAAUAUACUCGUUUGUUCAGAGUUUGUGAAACUACUGUUGAAAGAAAAGCACUUGGAGGGCAUAUGAUAAGAAAACACAACGUUGAUACACAAUGAACAACACCUCAUAUACGGAAACCCAAUCUCCAACACUACAAGCAAUCUUCAAAACUUUGGAAGAGCAAAACGAGUUAAAGGCACGACAGCGACUUCCAACAAUUAUCUUUCUAUGCAUCCUCAUAGCUUUUGGCAUCAUUGGGAACAUAACCGUGCUAGUUGUAUACAGUCUGAAGUACCGUUCAUCGACCUUCCGGACGUAUAUCCUCACCCUCGCCAUUAUAGACCUCUUGUCCUGUCUAAUAGCUAUGCCUGUUGAAUUAGUGGAUAAUUUGUAUCCACUUAUGUUCUUCGUAGAGGCGUUCUGCAAAGGGGGUCGCUUUCUAGGGUAUGUUUUCAAGAUUGGGUCCGCAUUCAUCAUUUUGAUCAUGGCAGCCGGUCGAUUUAAGAAGAUAUGCAAGCCAUUCAGCAAACCUAUAUCUGCGAAGCAGGCUCGUAUUUUGUGCGUUAUGGCAAUAUCUGUAGCCAUUUUAUUUGCCUGGCCCAAUGCAAUAAUACAGGGCACGCGUAACCAUUACUUAGAUGGCGGUAUAAUAGGAUUCGACUGUUCCGUUGACGACAGGGUGAAAAAGACCAUCUAUCCUUUCGUAUACACAGUUGUUCUGUUGGCUGUGUACGUCUUUGUUUUCUUUGUUCUUGUUGUACUGUACACAAUCAUCAUCCUAAAACUUCACCAUCAUAAUAAAAUCGAGGAUAAAAAACACAAAAUCAAUCCUCGAAUUACCAAGAUUAUGAUCGCCAUUACUGUGGCUUUCAUUCUCUCCUACCUGCCGGACUGUAUUCUGGAUGCAAAUUCCACAUUCAAUAAGGGAAACACGCUUCCUCCUACACCAAUAGUUCUUGGGACACUACCCUUGUUGGCUAGAGCCUACUUCGUCAAUAAUGUUAUCAAUCCCAUCAUAUACUUUUUUGGAGAAUCAAAAUUUCGAAGAAUAAUUAAGCUGUCGUUCACUUGGCUGCUCUCUACUCUAUUGAAUCGGAGAGGAGAACCGGCGAUUCAGAUUAAGGUUUCUGACACCUUUGGAACUGAUGAUAAACUGAUGUUUACAAGAAAACACACAACUUCAAGCACUAAAUCACGUGCGACUAGCAACCGAAUUAGUCAACUAGAAAUUGGAAAAUUGGAUUCAGGACUUUGAAAAUAUUUAGUCCUCAUUUCGAGAAGACAACAUACACUUUGAAAACUAUUUGACCAAUAAAAGACAGCUGUAACCGAUGGCCGACUAAUCACGGUCACUCUUUCUUAGUAAAUUAUCAUUUCACCUCACUCUACUUAAAACAUACAGUGGACCCAUUUUCAUGACAUGAGUACAUGAUUUUAUUACUGUGUGAAUCUUUUUCUGCAGUUGAUGAUAUUCUAUGAAAUCUGAUAUAAACAAUACUGUCAAUACCCCCUUAUUGUGCUGAGGCAAUCUGUGGUUUUUAAAACUUCUUCGAUUACUAUUAAAUGGCAAUAAAUCAAGUUUAAUGGU